AUGAAAAACACAACCUCACACUUAGAAUUCAUCAUUAUGGGUUUUCCUGAGCUCCCACGGCAUCAGCUGUUAUUGUUUGCAUUGUUCUUCACCAUCUACCUUUUAACUCUUCUGGAAAAUGUCCUCCUGAUUGUGACAAUUUGGUUGAACAGUCACCUUCGCACUCCAAUGUAUUUCUUCCUAGGAAAUCUCUCACUUUUAGAAAUCUUUUAUGUCUCAGUAACUAUGCCCAAGUUGUUCUCCAAUCUGUUAUUGGGUGAGAAGACCAUCACUUUGGGGGGCUGCCUUGCUCAGCUAUAUUUUUUCCUAUCCUUGGCUUCUUCUGAAUGUUUCCUCUUGGCAACAAUGGCUUAUGACCGGUAUUUGGCCAUUUGCUGUCCAUUGCAUUACGCAUCACUAAUGAACUAUACAGCCUUCAUGACUUUGAGUCUAGCUUCCUGGCUAGGUGGCUUCCUGGCUUCCUUUCCAUCUGUGGUGAUGAUCUCCAAUUUGCAGUUUUGCAAUAAAAAUGCCAUCAGACACUUCUUCUGUGACCUCUCUCCUUUGUUGAGGCUGUCAUGCACAGACACUUCACCAAUUGAGUUGCUGGAUUUUGUGGUGGCACUAGCAGUCCUGAUGACCUCACUGCUUGUGACGGGAACAUCUUACAUAUGCAUUUUUUGUGCAGUUGCAAAAAUCCCUUCUGCCAAAGGGAAACAUAAAGCCUUUUCUACCUGUGUCUCACACUUGACAGUAGUUUCUAUGUUCUAUGCCACCACCAUAUUCAUGUAUGCUCGACCAAAGGCCAUUGGAACCUUUGACCUCAACAAGAUGGUGUCCAUCCUCUACACAGUCAUAGCUCCAUUUCUUAACCCAAUGAUCUACAGCCUUCGGAACAAGGAAGUAAGAGAGACCUUAACCGGAGCCAUACAUAGAAAAGCUGUUUCUUUAGGGUGGGUUUAA